AACCAUAUCACAUAACAAAACAAGCAAGUUUUAAUUCAUUUCAUCAAAUAUUCAAAAACAUACCAAAUCAAAUAUCCUCAUAUUCAUUCAUAGCACAUUUUUAGCACACGAAAUCCCAUUAUUUUCUCAUUCAAUAUUCUCACAAGUAUUACACUCUCUCACUCACCACAAAAUUCUAUAUAUACACAAACACUAGCACCUUUCUUCUCUCACGUUAACAUUACACAUCCAUCAUUCCAACUUUCUCAUUCUCAAUUAGAAACCCUAGCCUAAAAAAAAUGUCUCCUCCAAACCCUACCCUAAACUCAACCAGAAACAACACCGACAACAUUAUCACCACCACCAAACAUGUUAACCCUUGUCCCAAUUCACCCUUCACCUUCACCCUAUCCGACUCAACUCUAAAAGUUAACAACCACGUCAUCCUCUCUGAUGUCCCCAAAAACAUCACCACCACUACCACUCCGUCCACCACCGUCACCGCAACCAACGGUUGCUUCCUUGGUUUUGAAGCCAACGAAGCGAAAAGCCGCCAUGUUGCACACAUUGGAAAGCUCAAAAACAUAAACUUUACUAGCAUUUUCCGAUUUAAAGUGUGGUGGACCACUCUUUGGACCGGUUCAAAUGGCAAAGACUUAGAAACCGAGACCCAAUUCCUCAUGCUCCAGAACUCGGAUCCAAAUCCGGGUUCAGAUCCAAACUCUGGUCGACCCUAUGUUCUAUUACUUCCAAUAAUAGAAGGGUCUUUCCGAGCUUCUUUACAACCCGGUGAUGACGACAACGUUGCUGUCUGUGUCGAGAGUAGUUCAACUUUAGUAACUGACUCUCGAUACAACGCUGUUGUUUACCUUCACGCGGGUAAUGAUCCAUUUAAGCUUGUGAAAGAAGCAAUGAAAACUGUGAGGGCCCACUUAGGAACCUUUAAGCUUCUAGAAGAAAAAACUGUCCCCGGAAUAGUGGAUAAAUUUGGAUGGUGUACAUGGGAUGCAUUUUAUCUUAAGGUACACCCUCAAGGAGUUUGGGAAGGUGUUAAGGAUUUAUCUGAUGGUGGUUGUCCACCUGGCUUUGUCUUGAUUGAUGAUGGUUGGCAAUCUAUAGCCCAUGAUGAUGAUCCAAUUGAUACUAAUGAUGGGAUUAAUCGUACGGCUGCAGGUGAACAAAUGCCAUGUAGGUUAAUAAAAUUUGAAGAGAAUUGUAAGUUUAAGGAUUAUAAAAAAGGUUUAGGGUUAGGUGGAUUUGUUAAGGAACUAAAAAAAGGUUUUGAGAGUGUUGAAUAUGUGUAUGUGUGGCAUGCUUUAUGUGGUUAUUGGGGUGGGAUAAGACCUAAUGUUGAGGGUCUACCUGAAGCUAUUGUGGAGAAGCCUAAGUUAACCGUUGGAUUGGAAACUACUAUGGAGGAUUUGGCUGUUGAUAAGAUUGUUAAUAAUGGUGUUGGGUUAGUUCCUCCUCAUUUGGUUGAUCAAAUGUAUGAAGGUAUUCACUCUCUUUUGGAAGAGUCUGGAAUUGAUGGGGUCAAGGUUGAUGUCAUCCAUUUGCUAGAGAUGGUGGGUGAGAAGUAUGGUGGAAGAGUUGAUUUGGCCAAAGCAUAUUACAAAGCUCUCUCAACUUCAGUGAAAAAACAUUUCAAUGGUAAUGGUGUCAUUGCUAGCAUGGAACAUUGCAAUGAUUUCAUGUUGCUUGGAACUGAAGCCAUAUCCCUUGGUCGUGUUGGUGAUGAUUUCUGGUGCACUGACCCAUAUGGUGAUCCAAAUGGUACAUAUUGGCUACAAGGAUGUCACAUGGUGCAUUGUGCAUACAAUAGCUUAUGGAUGGGAAAUUUCAUCCAACCAGAUUGGGAUAUGUUUCAAUCUACACACCCUUGUGCUGCUUUUCAUGCAGCUUCUAGAGCCAUAUCUGGUGGUCCAAUUUACAUAAGUGACACUGUUGGAAAUCACAAUUUUGACCUUCUCAAGAAACUAGCUUUGCCUGAUGGUACCAUCCUUAGAUGUGAAACCUAUGCUCUCCCAACUAAGGACUGUCUCUUUUCUGAUCCUUUACAUGAUGGCAAAACUAUGCUCAAAAUUUGGAACCUCAAUAAGUACACUGGAGUUCUUGGUGUGUUUAACUGCCAAGGAGGAGGAUGGUUUCGCGAGAUAAGAUCAAACAAAUGUGCUUCUGAGUUUUCACAUUCGGUAUCAACUAAGAUCAACAUCAAAGACAUUGAAUGGAACAGUGGAAAGAAUCCAAUUCCCAUUGAAGGAGUUCAAGUUUUUGCUUUGUAUUUCAGCCAAGCCAAGAAGCUGAAACUUUUCUCUCCAUCUGAAAUUGAAGAAAUCUCUUUGGAGCCAUUCAACUUUGAGCUUAUAACUGUUUCUCCAGUCACUUUAUUUCCUAAAAAGUCCUUGAAGUUUGCUCCUAUUGGUUUGGUUAACAUGCUAAACAAUGGUGGGGCAAUUCAGUCAUUUGAAUAUCUUGAGGCUCAAGAUUUGGUGCAAGUUGGAAUUAGAGGUGCUGGUGAGAUGAGGGUCUAUGCUUCAGAGAAACCAAGGGCUUGUGGAAUUGAUGGCAAAGAAGUUGAUUUUGAAUAUAAAGAGUUCAUGGUUGUGAUUCAAGUACCAUGGCCUAGUUCUUCAAAAUGGUCCUUUGUUCAGUAUAUAUUCUGAGCAUAGGAUGAAGAUUAUUGAAACUUUCAAACUUAUGAUUUUCUUUUCUUUUGUUUUUUAUAUUGAACAAUGUUCAAGUUAAGGGGCUUUUUAUUUAUCCCUUAUUUGGAUUUGGAUAAUUUUGCUUUUUAGUUUUACCUUCUGUGGUGAAGGAAGUAACUUUUGUCAUUCAGAACAUCUAGUUUCUAAUAAAUGUCAUUUUCUUUAUCUCCA